AUGCAAGACCCCGUCUCGGAAAUCGCCGGCGUCGUAAAGGGCCUCGUCUCGGCCCGCAACGCCUCGGAGCAGAAGGCCUGCCUCCAGAGGUACUUUGCCCCGGACGCCUCCUUCGACCACCCGCUCUGCUCCGUCGCCAGCGGUCCCAACUCGAGGGACAAUGGCGUCCUGCCCAUCUACCAGUGGCUCCGAUGCAUGUUCACCCCCGACAUCGAGACGCAUCAGAUUGGCUUCGACGAGAAGGCCAACAAGCUCUUCCUCGACGUCUCGCAGCGCCUCACGCCCAACGUCCUGGUAGUCAACAAGCUGUGGGCGCCCAUCGUCCGUCUGAUCGUCGUGCUCCAGCUGCAGCGAGGUGCCGACGGCAAGUUCUACGUCAAGAGGCAAGAAGACUUUUACGAGCCCCAGGUCCUUCCGUUUGGCCUGCUGCCGCUGCUGGGACCCGUGACCUCGGCCGUCAAGCACGUCAUCGGCUUCAACUGCGCCAUCCUCACCGGCAUCACCCAGCUCACCAUCGGCUACUGGCGGCCGGGCAGGGAUCCGAUCAGCGCCAAGAGGAAGUGA